AUGCAGAGCAACGAGAAGGCUGGAUAUGGAAGCAUAGCUCAGCAAAGAGUGGUUGCGAUGGUGGUGUGCGGGUGGUGCGACGGCGACGAGGGGCUGGAGCAGAGCUGGUCGCGGAAUUACGGCGACGACGAGGGGCUCCGAAUGGGAGUACCUAUAAUCCAUUAUCAGACGUUAAUUAGAGGCCCUCCGGGUCAUUCUUCUCACUUCAAUUAG